UACCUCUCUUUCUCUCUCUAGGUUUUCUUGUGCAUUUAAGGCCAAACACUACACCCUUGAACGAGCCAUUCUCUCUCUUUAAGAGGCUUUUUUAACCCCCUCCUUCUCUUUCUAAACUGUUAAAUCAAGAAAACAGAUGGGCUCUUGCUCUACUGCCCAUAUAGCAACACUGCUCAUGAUAGUGCUAUGUAGCAUGCUGUUGCUAUGUGAAGGGAAGCAGCUGAGCUCCAAGUUCUAUGAUUCGAGCUGCCCCAAUGCCCUCUCUACCAUCCGCACCGCCAUUCAUGCCGCGAUAUCGGCAGAGAGGCGGAUGGGAGCCUCCCUUAUUCGCCUCCACUUCCAUGAUUGCUUUGUCAAUGGUUGCGAUGCAUCGCUGCUGUUGGACUCGACUUCCUCUUUCGAGAGCGAACAGAAUGCCAUUCAGAACAUCGAGUCUGCUAGAGGCUUCCAAGUCAUUGAAAAGGCAAAGUCGAGAGUGGAAAGCAUAUGUCCAGGUGUGGUCUCCUGUGCAGACAUCCUUGCAGUUGCAGCAAGAGACUCUUCUGUAAAGUUGGGAGGUCCAUCGUGGACUGUGAAGCUAGGGCGAAGAGACUCUGCAAUGGCCAGCAAGAGUGAGGCACAGAGAGAACUCCCUCUCUUCACCGCUCCCUUGGACAGUCUCAUCUCUAGC